AUGGCACCGUGCUCCAGUGUGAGCAUGGCCCCUGUUCGAGCAGAUUGGCUGACCCCGAGUUUCGCUUGCCUGAUUCUCUAUGGUUUCUGGGGCUUCUUGGGAAAGCUGGCUUUGGUGCGUGGUCUCUCGGGUUCUCAGGAGGCUGGUUUGGAAAAGGUGGGAUUCUUUCUCACCCUGGCGGUCAUUCUGAAGCCCUCUUCCUCGGGCGAUCCCUCCAGCCCUGGCCUUCUCUCGCAAUCGAAAUUUGCGAUUCUGGCAUCGUUGCUGAGUGGAGUAACUGCGGCGCUGGCUAACAUGUGCUACACUCGGGCGAUGGUGCAUGGUGAUGCAGGGGCAGUGUCUGCAAUUACUGCAUCCUAUCCGCCUGCCACGCUGCUUCUCUCCGCCGUUUUCAUGCGCGAGAAGCUAUCGAAGAGCAAACUGCUGGGCUCCUUCUUCACCCUCCUGGGCGCCUAUUUCAUGGCGCGCAGCUGA